GACUGUAUAAAAACUUGUCACUAUUCUAAGUAUAUUUAUUACGAGUUGAGAAGACGCGGGGGGAAGGGUAAUUGAGUAAUGAGUCGUAGUGAGUUUUAAAAGAGAUGGAGGGGAGGAUAGGCGUGCCCGGCCAAUGAGAGCAGGGGGCGUGGUCUCCCCCUCCCAUCCCCACACAGAACACCGUCGUCACAUGUCAGUUGUCACCACGGCGUCGACGGAGAAUCAGAGUGACUCGUCGCGCGACUCUUUCCAGAGCGCCGCGAUGUUGACCCCCAUGCUCAGCUUCCUGGAGGCCUCGGGCUCUCCCCCGCUGGCCGCGCUACACUCCAUGACCGAGAUGAAGAACGGACACUCGUCGUCGGCCAACCCGCACGGCAUAGAACACAUCCUGUCGCGGCCGUCCAACGUGUCCGUAGCGCGAGGGUUCAACGUCGGGAUGGCAGCGGCGGCGGGCAUGGCUGCGGCCAGUUACUACAAACACCACAGCUCAGCUCUGCAGACACAUCCCUUGGCCGAGCUGACUGGCCGCUCUACCAUCUACUGGCCGGGACUGCAGGGCCUCGUCAGCAACCCCAUGGCCUGGCGCGACCGACUGGCCAACAUGUCGGCGGCGGCGGACAAGGACGGCAAGAAGAAGCACACGAGACCGACGUUCAGCGGGCAACAGAUCUUCGCCUUGGAGAAGACGUUCGAGCAGACCAAGUACCUGGCAGGACCGGAGCGAGCGAAGCUGGCGUACGCGCUGGGCAUGACGGAGUCUCAAGUCAAGGUGUGGUUCCAAAACAGACGAACGAAGUGGCGAAAAAAACACGCAGCGGAGAUGGCUACGGCAAAACGUAAGCAAGAGGAAGCGGAAGAGAGUGAAGAGGAAAGUGAACUGAGAAACAACGCGGCCAAGCGACUGAGACAAGAACUAGCGGCUCAUUGCGGCAAUUCAGCUAUAUAGCAUCCAAUAUGGCCGCCGACCCAGCGGCCCUCGGAGUAGAGAAUGUGCAGUAGUCACUGGGACAAACUGAACACGGACAAUGUAGUAGGGACUGCGGCAUACUAUACACGGACAAUGCUGUAGUGUCAAUAUAAGCAUGGACAGUGCAGUAGUGCUUUGUGCAAACUGAAUACUGCCGAAAUCGGCGUGACAAAUGGAAGUGAACCGUACAGUUUAACGAGAACCGAAGUGGCGCGGAAUUCUUGUGUAUCGUGAGUUACUUACUUGUUAUAUGAAACAUCAAACGGUCUUAAAGUAAAUUUGUACAAUUUAUUUAUUGUGAUUAUUAAAGUUCAAUUAAACAUGUUUGUAAUAGGCCUACAUCUCUACGUUCCUUUUCAUAAUAUUUACGAACUCAAUGCAUUUUUGUAUACAGUUUAAAAUACUUUUUGUUAAUAAACAGAGAAAUGUGUUUUAAAAUAAGAAAUUUGAUUAGAGCUUUUAUACUUUACAAAAUACAUUUAGUUUUCAGGAAGACUGGCAUAAAGUGUUUAGAUAGUGAAUAACUCUGACAUGGGUGUUUAAUUUUGUGUGGUUUAAGAAUGACCAACGAACAGAAUAGUAGAAUAACCGCCUUUAAUUUUUGUAAGCUCUGCGAUGUUAAGUAUUGUACAGUAUUGUAAAUAGCGUAAGAAUAUUUAAUAAUGGAAUAAUUAUAAUAUAUUAUUUAUCAUAGUUUUAAUAUAUCACGCCCUCUGUAAUGUAUACGUUUAUACAUAAUUAAGAUUUAUUACUUGGAAUGACAGCUAUUGCAACAAUUAUUAAUCUAGACUCAUACAAUUUUUGUUUGUUAAAAAUGUUGUUUUGUUUAAGAUUUUAGUAAAAUACAACCAUUGGAAGCGGUACGAUCUUAAAUGUUCAAACGGUUAAAGUUCUUGGAGUACAUUGCAAAUUAAUUGUCCAAUAUAAAAUAUAAUUCUUUUGUAAUAAGUAUGGUUAAGAUAUUGACAAAAAUGAUUAGUAAAAUGUAUACCUACGGUACAAACGAACCAAAUUUGAAUUCGAAUAAAAAAUGGUUGCUUUAAUUUAUUGAUUUCACAAAAUUAUAGGUGUAAAUUAUCACGGGUAUAAACAUCUUACGAAUGACUACGUAAGGUUUUCCACAGAAGAUACAAAUUCAGAGUGUUAAGGUAAAACUAAACAAUUUUUCAAAUUUGUAAUAAACUAAUCUGUAAUGGUCAGUGUAUGUGAUGGUAGACGUCAAUAGCUUCUUUCAGGUGAUAUUUUCUAUUUUUGUUACCAAAGAUUUGUUUGCUGUGUAAAUACAGUUAAGUAGUAGGUGAUGUGUUACUAUAGCAAUAA